CGUUGACCGCGCCGGCACGCGACGUUCGAAGCACGCUCCUCGCGCAGGUGCACCGGUCCUAGGCCAGCCCAGACGGUCGACAUCCACCCGGCACGAUGGACGUAUCUACGGACACCGCUACGCUGGGGUCCAAUGCUGAAGCCGCCCGGGACGCCAGCAAAGCCGCCAGCCAGCCCGAGCUGGGAGACGAAGGCGUCGUCGCGGACGGCCCGAGGCCGUCGUCGCGGGAGGCGGCCAAGCCGUCCGGUGAGGCCACCCGCUCCCCGUCUGGAGACGAAGUGGUCUCCCCGACGAUACCCGUCGUCGAGGAGGCUCCCCGCGCCGAAGGCGAGGGCACGACUCCCGCCGCUGCCGACUCGAAGCCCGACGACGCCAAGCCGCCCGCGGAUGCUGAAGUCGCCUCGCAGACUGACGAUGAGCCGAGCAAGGACGGGAAGAGUGACAUUGCCGACAAGCCCGCGUUCAACGCGGAGCCCAACGCGCCUCCACCGACGCGCACCUUCACGUUUAAGGUGGGAAGCCUGGCGUAGGGGUCCAGGUGGCCUUCUGCUGCGUCAGAAAGGCCCCACGACAGGCUAGCCGCCACCACCCCUCCUCGAGAAAAAAUGGCCGCCGCCUGCUCCCCACAGCGUGUCUCUCUGCUCUGCUCCUAGCUCCACACAGUUGCUCUCUGAAGUGGCAGCCAUCGCCCAACGCGCAAGUCGAUCUGAAUAAAGAAAAAAAAUUGUGCUGUCGUUCCCGGCCA